CUGAUUCACCUUUCAUAUCAUCCUACAAAUACACAGCUAAGAUCUUCACAAUGAACGACCUGCGUCAAAUGCACAGAAUAAAAUGCCUUGAAUUCUUCAAAUACCGCUAUGGACAGCGUAUUCAGUAUUACGGUCUGACUGCAUAUGAUAUGCCUACCGGAUCUAGCUGUUCCAUUGACCCUCUUUUGCCAUAUCUACUGAACGACAAGCCGUUCUACCAAGGAAGACUCUAUGUCUCCAAUACCGCGGUACCUUUUAAAAUAGCAAAUGCAAUAUGGGAAGUUAUGGCUAUGAACCCCGGUGACUAUACUGUUCUCAUUGAUAUGGUAUCAAACCCAAGAAACACAUUCUGGGCAAUGUAUCAUGAUGAGGCGUUUUCGAACACAACACACCCUCGCUGCCACAACGAAAUGAGUCUUGCUGAACUAGUAACUGCGCUUAUCAGCUGGCCCAAGCGAGAUCAAGACAUAGCGCAUCGCAAUAUCAUGGGUGCAUUGCAAACCUACCAUCAUUACCUUCUGGGACACUUUUAUGGAGAGUUCUGGCAGUUGAAGCCAGUAAGACAGAACAAUUACAUGUACCCUCUUGAAUUCGGUCUCAUGGUCUACAUGGAAGAACAAUGGAAGAUCAUCGCAUGGAUCUUCCUAGACUGCGCACUUCCCGCGGUUCCAAACUUAGAUAUAUUGGGAGAUAUGAAAUCACUGUUGAUGGACCGCAUAUUGGAGGACAAGGUCUUCGGCCGAUAUGAGAAGAGAGAAACGCCUCGUUCUGUUCACGUCCUUUUCUCGUCUGCCGGCACUGGGAAAACACGACAGAUAUUCGAACUAUUGCAAAAGCAAUGGGGAUUCUAUCUUCUGGCUCCAAAUCUGGCCCCUACGCCGAAAUUGUCAAAGAUCGAUGCUCAAAAUCAUGGAGGCAUGGACAUUAUAGAUACGAAACGAUAUUCGGCAUCCAGAGACACUUAUACCAUGUUUGAGGAUCAUCCACAAAUGAUUCCAGAGUGGAUUUCUAAAGAGGUCAAUGUCUUCCAACCUCUUAUCGUCGCACGUGUUGCUCUGCUCUACGAGUUUCUGCGCCGAUACCCUUCUCCAACACCAACACAAUGGCUCUGGCUACAGAUAUCCUGCGAUACCUACGAUCCGUUUGAUGCCUUGUAUAGACUUUUUAGGUUGUCUGCGGACCAAUAUCUAUGGUACGAUGAAUAUGUCUACGUUUGGGCAGAAAUACCGGCCUUCAUCGUACCCAAAUGCUACAGUUUUCUCAGUCAACAUCCCAACCAGUUCUUUAAUGGCUCGUUGUAUCACUGUUUCGAUGAAGCACAACUUACUCUCGAUGACCCUCAGGCUUCCUCGAUGCUCAGCCACCUCUAUGCAACACUUACAUUAAUGUAUAUUCAAUGUGGAGAUCCGUUUCGACGCAGUGGCGAUGGCGCCAAAGAACAAAUUGACGAGCAUAUGGAGGGUCAAGAGAGUGAUGCAAGAUCAUUGCAGAGCAGUGACGAGUUGCCAUACGUAAACCCUACUCUGGUGAUUUCGGGAACAUCACUUCGCCUGGAAGUCCUUAAAGAAAAGCUUGCCACCUACUCUUUUGAUGCAUGGGAGGAUGGAGAAACAGUGACAAAAUGGGACAGCUAUCGCAUUGACGAUACAUUUCAACUGAUUGCAUCCGACGCAGACUUCUGGGGGCUCUACGAGCAACAUGUUACUGAUAUCCUCAACGAAUUGAGAGCUUCUCAAGGUGUAAAGAAAACUGGAGUUUGGUCAAAGUUGCCUCUUUUAAGCCGCAGUGGUCGGCCCUUGCCGUUUGAGCCAUCUGGGAUUGAUCUCGAUAUGGUUGAGGCAUGGCUACGGAGACCAUUAGAAGUUCCUACGACACAAGAGCUUUUGGCACUGGUUAUGCAAGCCUACAGCCUGACGGAGAGCAGCAACAUUUCUAUUGAUACCUCACAAAUACAUCUAGAAGAGCUUCUCGAUAAUCGAGAUUCAGAAGCUGUUGUUUCGGUUGUUACUCUGAGCCUAGUCCAACUCUUCAAGACCGAUGCAGUACCAGGAGUGGAGAGUUUUGGUCUAUCCUUGCUGAAAUUACUGGCCGAUCAUGGAAAUAUCGCUAUGGACCAAAUGAAUUCGAUCAUUCAGAACAUAUAUCCGCGAGUGGCGACUCCCAAUACAUCGCUCAGUGGAAUAGCAGCGACUUUACACACAGGUUUGAGAAAUCUGUUCAUCCGAACUAUGAUCAAGUCGCACAGUAUUGGUCAGCGCGGACGAUAUAGAUGGUCAACGGUCUACAUCGAGGAGAUGAUGCUCCUUUGUCAGCGCUUGACCACCCCAGGAUCGACUCUAUCAGAGAUACGGAUGAUCAUUAAGGAGGCAGAAUGCAGAACGACAGCUGCAGCCAUCGAUGCUCUCAAAGUUCAAAUUCGCAAGAUGAAGUCCGCUGGGAAGGAAGAUUUAGUCCAAGACUUGUUUCGUGCUGGAAUCCGAGCAGAGAUGAUGAGCUCCCCUACUAUCUUUCUGAAACCGAACUUUUCACAAUUAGUCACCUAUGGAUUUGCCUUGGUUCAGAGGGACGGAAAUACCAUAAGAUACACGUUUUCUGAGCCGAUAGCUGUUCGAGCAGUGAUGGAAUAUCUUCGCACGGAAGGAGGAAACGAGUAUCAAGAUCUUAUGUUGCAGUGGCUUGUCCAUACACAAGAUGAUUAUGAAGUUCGAGCAAUGUUUGGGAAGGCUACGGAGUGGUUCGUUGCAAUGUCGUUCGAUCGUUUACUCAGACAUAAAAGGUUUGAUCAAGUUGGUCAGCCUAGUCUCUUGGAAACGUCUUCCCAACGUGAGAACUUGUGGAAGCACUUAUCAAAGGCUGUUGUUCUGGAUUCAAAAACCCAAAUACUGUUAAGUCUGAACUCUGUGAUCAGAAUUAGUGACUUUUCCCUGCCUGAAUUGCAAACAACCUUCAAACAUGAGACUCCAGGUACCAUAUGGAACUGGAUGAAGCAACAUCGUUCAGGCGAUCAAGCUUCUUCGCCCACGUUCAUGUUUCCUGAUAUUAAUGCUGGCCCGGAUCUGGUCUUCCUUUUACAGAAACAGUUGACAGAUUCCGAAGGGCAUAAUACACAUGAAUCGAGGCAGAUCGCCCAUAAUAAUCGAAUCGUGAUUAUAUCCCAGAUCAAAACCGGCCGAGGAGCCCGCUUUGAAGAUGCGAUGGAAUCGUUGUUAGAGUGCAACUGGCAUAAAAACCUGAACAAUAGUACACGGGAAGCUGAGGCCAGUGAGCUCGAACACUGGGGAGACACUCCAUUUGUAUUACUUCUGGUCUGCACGGGAAUCACAGUAAAGCAGGCGAGGGUACAAAGCUGGAUUAGGAUGAAUCACAAUCGUAUCAAGGAAAAUCACUUUGUCUGCGUUUUGGAUGAAACUGUUGCCAGCAGCAUCUGGGGCAGUGACUUUGCAGCGCUGGCCGAUGCUAUAAGAAGACAAGACUCACAGAAGGGCAAGGGUUGGGAAAAGCAGAUCAGGAAACGCGUCUAGCAGGUUCAUGUUCUUGCUAUUAUCCGCGUCGUACCAUUCCUCCGUGUUAUUCAAGGCUGUCUCUGGAACUGGUACUGAUAUCUGACUUUUUUUCUUGUGAUAAACUCUGUGCCAUAGUUUCGUCCUGGUGCUCGGGUAAAGAAACUCUCGGGUUGAUUCCUGUUUCAAUGCAUCUAGGUUCCAGUUUUUAGGUCACGAUUCGUGUUCAGGUCACUACUUCUUAAACUAAAUGUUAAUAAUAGUAAAUCUUGUUGCUUAACCAAAGAUGGCUCCGGAAUAUCUGAGAAACC